AUGCUUAUAUUAAAUACCUUCUUCCCAUAUUUGCGCAAUAUGAUUUUCUUUCUCACAUUAUCACUGUGUUCGUCGGCCAAGACAACACAACCCCGACUUAGACCAAAUCAAACAGAAAAUCUAUUAGUAAGAACUGGGCCCAAGACUUUAAUUUGUCCAAUCUCGUUUUCAUAUCAUUUCUCUCUCUCUCUCUCUCUCUCUCUCUCUCUCUCUCUCUCUCUCUCUCUCUCUCUGACUGCACAUGCAUUCUCUCAACUUAUUCAAAUUUUCUAUUCUUUACUUUCUUUAUCUUUCUUCACUCCAUCAUUCUUCUCUCUUUCUAUACGUCUCUCUUUUUUAUACGUCGCUCGUUCAAUAAAUCGUCUUUUACGUUUAACUUUUUGCUCUAAUUUCUACAUUCCUUUUCAUUCUUCUUCCUCUUUUCCUCCUCCUCCUGCCCUUCCACCACCAUUACCACCUUCUUCUUCUUCUUCUUCUUCUUCUUCUUCUUCUUCUUCUUCUUCUUCUUCUUCUUCUUCUUCGUCACAUUCCUAUUCCACGUUUUCUCUUUUCUUUGGCUCUUUUUUUAUUUUCUUUUGUCCGGAAAACUUUUUCCCCUCCAAUCAAUUUGUGUGGAUUUCGCUUUAA